AUGGGGUCGGAUCCGAAUUCACCAUCGCCGUCUUCCAAUGGGAAGCGAAGCCGAGAUCGUGAAGAUGAGGUCUACCUCGACAAUCUUCACUCUCACAAGCGUUAUCUGAGCGAGAUGAUGGCGUCUAGCUUGAAUGGAUUGACGGUCGGGGACUCACUGACUGAUAAUCUUAUGGACUCUCCAGGGAGGUCUGAAAGCCCUUAUUACUUUAGGGACGAAAUGCCAUUGCAGCAGUACUCCCCAAUGUCAGAAGAUUCGGACGAUUACAGAUUCUGCAGUGAGACGACUUCAGCAAACAACGCUUGCAGCUCAUCCCAGCCUGAAAGCAUUCCAACCAGUCCAGUAUCUCCAUAUCGAUACCAAAGAGGUUUCUACUGUGCUGCUUCUCCCACACACACCUGCAUAGCGAGCACCCAGCUGCGGCAGCCGCGAGGUUCAGACUCCGAGGGCCGUUUCCCAUCCUCCCCAAGCGACAUUUGUCACUCGGCUGACUUGAGGAGGGCUGCCCUGCUGCGGUCGGUGCAGAUGAGAACGCAACCACCUGGACCAUCAUCCGACGAACUGCCGUUCGCGUCAGGACAAGAGCUUCACGCCCCUAACAUAGAGACCGAGGAGAGGCCAUGUUCUUACAUGAAGCCCAUGGUUGAAGACGAGAGGGAAUAUCAUAUCGAGGAUUGUUCUCCCAUGAAAAUCUCGGCACCUGAGAUUCGUAGCGAGUCUGAAUCACGUGCUGAUGAUGAAGUGAAAGCAGACGUGCCUAGAUGCUAA